GUGAGCGCAGGCGCGGCCGGCCGGCCAUGAUCGCGUCUUGCUUAUGUUACCUGCUGCUGCCGGCCGCGCGAGUCUUCCGUGCCCUCGCAGAUGCUUUCUUCACGUGUCGAAAAAAUGCCCUCCUGGCGAAGAGCUCGUCCCCCCAGGUACAGGGCAGUUUUGCUAUGGCUCCUCAGGGCCCGGACCAGGAAGAGUGUGAGGGCCUGCUGCAGCAGUGGCGAGAAGAAGGGUCGAGCCAGGUGCUCUCCGCCAUGAGCGAGGGUCCCCUGUCAGAUAAGGGACUAGCCCAGAGCAGCCUGGCACUUCUGAUGGAUGAUCCUGGAGGACAGGAUGCUGCUUCAGAGGACAAGUGGUCCAGCAGGCAGCUGAGUGACCUGCAGGGAGAAGAGAACCUGGAGGAGCCUUCCCUUGAGGUCCUAGGAGAGGAGCCACCACCAGAGGUCGAGGGCCCAAUGUGGGCAGCUGUCCCCAUGCAGACAGAUCCUCAGUAUGUAGACUGCGCUGUCCUCCCAGUCGGUGCGCUGGCUGCAGAGCAAUGGGAAGAGGACCCCGCAGUGGUAGCCUGGAGCAUAACACCCGAGCCUGUGCCCCAGGACGCGGCUCCCAUCUGGUCCUUUGAGGGCCUGGGGCAGUUGCAGCCUCCCCCAAUGGAAGUUCCUUAUCAUGAAAUCCUAUGGCGAGAAUGGGAGGAUCUCUCCUCUCAGCUGGACGCUCAGGGCCUGGAGGCAGGGGAUGGCCCUCAGUUCCAGUUCACCCUGAUGUCCUAUAACAUCCUGGCCCAGGACCUGAUGCAGCAGAGCUCCGAGCUCUAUCUGCACUGCCACCCGGACAUCCUCAACUGGAACUAUCGCUUUGCGAAUCUCAUGCAGGAAUUCCAGCACUGGGACCCUGAUAUCCUGUGUCUCCAGGAAGUCCAGGAAGAUCAUUACUGGGAGCAGCUGGAGCCUUCUCUGCGAAUGAUGGGCUUUACCUGUUUCUACAAGAGGAGGACCGGCUGUAAGACGGAUGGCUGUGCUGUCUGCUACAAGCCCACGAGAUUUCGCCUGCUCUGCGCCAGCCCUGUGGAGUACUUCCGACCUGGCCUGGAGCUCCUCAAUCGGGACAACGUGGGCUUAGUGUUGCUGCUGCAGCCGCUAGUCCCAGAAGGCCUGGGGCAAGUCUCUGUGGCCCCGUUGUGUGUGGCAAAUACCCACGUCCUGUACAACCCACGCCGGGGUGAUAUCAAGCUGGCCCAAAUGGCCAUUCUCUUGGCUGAAGUGGACAAGGUGGCUAGGUUGUCGGAUGGCAGCCACUGCCCCAUCAUCUUGUGCGGGGACCUGAAUUCUGUCCCUGAUUCCCCUCUCUACAACUUCAUCAGGGACGGAGAGCUCCACUACCACGGGAUGCCCGCCUGGAAGGUGUCUGGACAGGAAGACUUCUCCCAUCAGCUCUACCAGAAGAAGCUGCAGGCCCCACUAUGGCCCAGCACCCUGGGCAUCACUGAUUGCUGUCAGUAUGUCACCUCCUGUCAUCCCAAGAGAUCAGAGAGACGUAAGUAUAGCCGAGACUUCCUGUUACAUUUCCGCUUCUGCAACAUCGCAUGUCAGCGACCAAUAGGACUGGUUCUUAUGGAAGGAGUGACAGAUAUUAAGCCAGAGCGACCUGCUGGCUGGGUCGAGUCCAUUCCCGAGGAAGACGCCUCUGAGUCUGAGCCUGUCGUCCCCAGGACCGUAGGCACCAUCCAGCACUGCCUCCGCCUGACCUCGGCAUAUACCCAUUUCCUGCCCCAGCAUGGCCGCCCAGAGGUCACCACCAUGCCCUUGGGUCUUGGAACGACGGUGGAUUACAUUUUCUUCUCAGCUGAGUCCUGCGAUAAUGGGAACAGGACUGAUCGCAGGCGUCAGGAUGGAACUCUCAAGCUCCUGGGCCGUCUCGCCCUCCUCUCUGAAGAGAUCCUCUGGGCUGCCAACGGCUUACCCAACCCCUUCUGCUCUUCAGACCACCUCUGCCUGCUGGCCAGCUUCGGGAUGGAAGUCACUGCCCUGUGACGGGGUUCCCAGGGGAAGAGAGCGUCUCUUCCAGAAGAGCUCACUGGAUCAGAGACUGUCGAAACUUAGAUCCAACUAUCUUACGUCCCCUCCUCUCCCCCAACUUGUUCCCUUUUUCCCAUGGUUAGAUUUUCUCUGGGCCUGUCCUGGUUCUCUGCCAACAGUCCCGUCCCUGCCCCAGCCUCUUCCUAAUCUUGUGCCACAUGCUUGGUGGCCCUGGGAGAGGUGGAGGAGUGGUUCCCCCUUCCUUCCAUGUAUCCAGCGCUCCCCGUUGAUUUUUAAUUACCAGGGUUGUGGGAGCUAUUGAUCUCAUUGGUUAUUUACUUUCAGGCCGUUCCUUGGUGGUGCCUUCUGAUCCGACCUUCUCCCUGCCUUUGCAACUUCUGGGCCCAGCCCUCUUGCCAGGCACACACGUGUGAGAUAUAUGUAGUAUGUAUGUGUCCCCUCAAGGAGGGACGGCUCUGCAGGGCCACACCUGCGUCUGAUCAGCCUGCUUUCCACCCUGUGGCCGUCAGCCCAGGGGCAGGUGGAGAGCAUGGUGUCAGGCGGCUGCAGGCCCAUGGGCCCUUCUCCUUUUAUCCUCCGUGUUUCAUUAGGCGUUCAUCGUGCCGGCCAGGGCAUACAUGCCAUCUGAGCUCUGGGAGUGAAGGGGCCUGCCACCCGGAGCUGCAAAUCUAGGGGUGCACUACCUGCUCCAGGGGCCCCCGAGCCUCUGACCCGGAGCUCCCCUCAGGCCCUGCGUGUUCUCUCCGGGCUAUGCCUUUCCCCAGGCUGCGCUGAGGAGAGCAAACGUUUGUGGGGCCAGUGGGCUGGGAGGGUGGUUUGAGGUUUAAAACUCUGUAAGCGUGAGGAGAAAGAAUGUUCAGGAAACAGUUGUCUCACUGGACUCUGCCUCCUGCAGAACGGGUGAGCAGGGUAGUCCUAGUAGGGGAAGAGCUGGCAGGCUCUGCAGCUGCUUCAGCUGGGACUCGGGACCUCAGGGAUUAUUGGUUCUCUAUUUUCCCACCACUUUUUACUGUUUGCUGCCUUCCUCAUGGCCUUCCAUUUUCUCCCCAGAAAAGCCUGCUAUUUAGCUCUGGCCAAACCUCCGCACAAAGGCGACCUUGGGCAAGAGUGCCUGAGGAGUUGCUCAGGCCAUCCAGGCCUCGACUGCUCGUGGCCUCUGCUUUCCUUCUUGUAGCGCAGGGGGCUUCCGAGCCCACCGGGUCACCUGCCUGCCUUAAACCUUUGUUGCUGGGGGCGGCCCCAGGCCUUCCUGGGCCAGCUGCUCCAUGCAUCCCUCACUCCCUCGUUGAUUUGACUUGCUGUUGCUCCACUUGGCCUCCAGCACAGAACCGCAGGAAUAGCUGAGAAGCUGGAGAUUUAGCCUAAGGCUAAUGUUCUCUCCCUUUAUUUGAAAGCCAAAGACCCAGCUGGAAUUCCUCUGUGUUCAUGGUCAUAAACUUUCCACGCCUAGGUUCUGGGAAAUUUAUCUGUGUGUGUAUAUUUUUAAACAUUGUUUCCUGGGUACUGGGCAUAUGCCUGUCUGAGCCCCAGGCCUGUCUGUCCAUACCCCACUGUUCAUUGUUUGUCUCUGUGGGCACCUCCUGAGGUGAACGCAAGACAGUGCCCUGUUGUUUUCCAGGACUAUGGCCCGUCACCGUUCUCCUCUGCCAGGCAGUGCCGUUUAAAAAUGGCUGAAGGUGGCAGAGGGCCGGUAGCCUAAUCAUCUUGUUUUGUUUUGUUUUCUUACUUGUUUCUGUUUUGGAAAUGAAACGAGGGUUUUAAGUGGUUAUUUAAAUUCUCUUUUCCAAAUAAAGGUUUACUUUUC